UAAGGAAUGCUUCCUGAAAAUUUAACCAAACUGGAAGGAAUAAUAGAGAUACAUCAAUGUUCUUUAAUAUUUGAAUAUUGAGAUAUGUAGUAAAUAGGAACUUAAGUGAAAAAAUGAGAAAUAUUUUGGAAAAUAAAUAAAACACAUUUCACAUUUUAUUCAAAUACUUUUAAAGAAAAUAUUAUUUUUACAUCCAUUGAUAAUUGAAUACAGUCCUGAAAUGACCAUCAUCAGACUUAAUUUCGUUAGUUCAUAUAUUCUACUAUAGACCAAGACAAAAAGAAAAACCAAUGUCCUGUGUAAGGAAUAAAAAGAGAAAUGAACAAAUCAAUGGAAAUAGAGUUCAUUUUGCUUGGACUGACAGAUGAUCCUGUGUUGCAAAUUAUGAUUUUCCUGUUUCUGUUUUUCAACUACAUCUUAAGCCUGAUGGGGAACUUAGUUAUCAUCCUCCUCACCAUGCUGAAUCCCCAUCUCAAGACUCCAAUGUAUUUCUUCCUCCGAAAUUUCUCCUUCUUAGAGAUUUCAUUCACAACUGUCUGCAUUCCAAGAUUCUUAAUAAGCAUUCUGACUGGAGACAAAACAAUUUCCUACAAUGGUUGUAUGACUCAAUUGUUCUUUUUUCUUGUAUUAGGAGUUACAGAGUUUUACCUUCUGGCUGCCAUGUCCUAUGACCGCUAUGUCGCCAUCUGCAAACCACUGCAUUACUCCACCAUCAUGAACAGCAAAGUGUGCUCUCAGCUUGUGGUCAGCUGUUGGGUAACUGGAUUCCUAAUCAUAUCUCCCCCUUUGGUCUUGGGACUCAAGCUCGAUUUCUGUGAUUCCAAAACUAUUGAUCACUUCCUCUGUGACUCUUCUCCUAUACUGCAGAUCUCUUGUACAGAUAUACAUGUUAUAGAAUUGAUGGCCUUUGUCUUAGCUGUGGUGACACUUGUCAUCACUUUGUUGUUAGUGGUCCUCUCCUACACGUACAUUAUCAAAACCAUUCUAAAAUUCCCUUCUGUUCACCAACAAACAAAGGCCUUCUCCACCUGUUCCUCACACAUGGUGGUUGUCUCUAUUACUUAUGGGAGUUGCAUCUUUAUGUACGUGAAACCUUCAGCAAAGGAAAGGGCGACUUUAACUAAAGGUGUAGCUGUGCUCAAUACCUCUGUUGCCCCAUUACUAAACCCCUUCAUUUACACUCUAAGGAACCAGCAGGUGAAAGCAGCUCUCAAGGAUAUGCUUCAAAGGUUUUGCCAUUUUGAAAACAAUAAGACAAAAUUAGGGUGUAAGUAAUAUAUUGUUGAAACAUGAAUGGGGAAAUUGGAAACAAUUUUCAGUUCAUUAGUUCAUAGCUAUGCCAUUUCUCCCCUCAAUGAUUUAUAUCACAUUAGGUUUACUGGGUCUUCCCGAUCUCUGCACUUCUCUCUGCUCUUCCUGAAGAGAUUUUUUCACUCUUUAGUGGUAAACUGCUGUCUUCAAUACAGAAUAUUAAAUUCCAUUUUGACUAGAAAUGUCUCUUCCCAUAAAUGAUAUCUUGAUGUACUGAAUGCUUUCAAAAAAUAAAUCUUGCUAGAUAUAGUUAAUUAUUUCAAUGUGUGUGCUAAUUGCUAAGCAUUGCAUGUGUUAAGUGUUUUUUCUGCUAAAACUGUGAGAGACAAACUCAAAAUCUGUUACUUGUUACAUGUAAUACUUUUUAUUGUAAUAAAAAGAGAAAGAG